AUGUUGCCAAAUUAUUGUUUUAGGUGCACCCCUGGGCUCGGUAUGAACAAGAUGUACGAGCUACUCUACAACCAGCCUCCUAAGAUUAUGCUGAUUACUGGUUGCAGCGGGGUGUCUACAUUUGUAGCGCAGGCAGCUAAGAUGUGGAACCUGGUGGUGCUUGCCUAUGGCUCCAGCUCUCCAGCGCUGUCCAACAGGGAGAGGUUUCCGACGUUUUUCCGCACCCAUCCCUCAGCGACACUCCACAACCCAACGCGUGUGAAGUUGUUCCAGAAGUGGGGGUGGACCCGCAUUGCCACCAUACAACAGACGGAGGAAGUGUUCACUACGACUGUGAAAGAUUUGGAGGAAAGGGCCAGAAAAUCUGGAAUAGAGAUAGCCAUCCGGCAAGACUUCCUUACCAACCCAGCCGUUGCUGUUAGAAAUUUGAAGAAACAGGACCCACGAAUAAUUGUUGGAGUGUUCUAUGAAAAUAUGGCCAGGAGAGUGUUUUGCGAGGUCUACAAAGAAAAACUCUAUGGUAAGAAGUAUGUGUGGUUUCUAAUUGGUUGGUACCCAGAUAAGUGGUAUCUUAAACCAGACCCCAAUGUGAAUUGUACAGCUGAGCAACUGCGAGAGGCCUUGGAGGGACAUUUCACAACAGAAGCCAUGAUGCUGAAUCAAAACAAAACUGUUGUCAGUGAUGCUGGAAUUACAGCUCAAGAGUUUGAAGAUGAGCUGAAAAAGAGGAUUGGAAAGGCUCCCUCUGACACAGAGGGUUAUCCAGAGGCUCCCCUGGCUUAUGAUGCCAUUUGGGCACUGGCUUUUGCCUUUAAUAAGACAAUACCAAGGCUUGCUGCGAAAGGACUGAAACUUGAAGAUUUUGAAUAUUCAAAAAGAGAAAUAAUGGAAGAGAUUUACAAUGCCAUGAACUCUACUAACUUUCUUGGAGUCUCGGGUCCAGUCUCUUUUACGUCCGAGGGUGACCGGAUAGCAUGGGUCCAGAUAGAACAGAUGGUUGGUGGUAUCUACAAUAAGACUGGUUUCUAUGAUUAUGUAGCAGACAAGCUGAUCUGGUACAAUAUCGAACAAUGGAUUGAUGGCCAGCCGCCUGCAGACAGAACAUUAUUGGAACCCACACUCAGAGUGCUGUCAGUGGGGACGUAUAUCGCCAUAUCAGUGUUUGCUGCACUGGGGAUCCUCGUGGGCGUCGGCUGCUUGCUGUUCAACUAUAAACAUAGACAUCGUAGGUUGAUCCGUAUGUCCCACCCAGAUGUGAACAACAUCACUGUGAUAGGCUGUAUGAUCUGCCUGUUUUGUGUCUUCCUACAAGGACUGGACGGACAGUUUAUUCCACCUGAGGUUUUCCCCCAGAUGUGCCAGGCCAGACUAUGGCUGCUGUCUAUUGGCUUCCUUCUCGGCUAUGGCUCCAUGUUCUCCAAGAUCUCAGCAGUUCACAGGUGGACCACCAGGGGGAAGAAAGAAGGAGAGUUAAUGAAGGAGUGGGAGCUCCACAUCGUCCUCAUCGUCAUCCUGGUUCUGGACCUGGCUGCUCUCACUGUGUGGCAGGUGCUGGAUCCUUUGUACAGAGAGCUGGAAGAUUUCCCCCAGGAAGACCCUCCAGAUAUCCAUAAAGAUGUGAAGAUAUUGCCACAGCUGGAGCACUGUGAAUCCCACCACUUUAUGAUAUGGAUAGGUGUUGUGUUUGGAUACAAGGGCCUUCUACUUUUAUUUGGACUAUUUCUUGCCUAUGAAACAAGGAGUAUAAAGAUGAAACAAGUGAAUGACUCCCGCUUUAUUGGAAUGAGUAUCUAUAAUGUUGUGGUGGUCAGUCUUAUCACAGGUCCAGUGACACUUGUCAUACGCAGCCAGCCUGAUGCCAGCUUUGCCUUUGUCUCCAUAGCAAUCAUAUUGUGUUCUUUUCUCUCCAUGGGGCUGAUUUUUGUACCAAAGAUUAUAGAAAUAAUAAGGAACCCCCGAGAUGGAGCUGAGAAUGUCUCCCUGACAGAUGCUACUGUGGUUCAAGAAGAUGAGGGCAGAUACAACCAGCUAGUCACAGAUAACGAGGAUCUUAAGAAAGCAAUAUCAGAGAAGGAAGAUCAUAUUCGUCAGCUACAUAAACAUCUGCAGGAUAAAGCCAGCCAGUACCACCAGAGGUCACCACCUUUUGCUGCAGACGACACACCCCAAAAUCUUCUCAGGCGAAAAACUUCUAGAAACUUUACUGCAAAAAUGGGAAGCAUGACUUCAGACAGCAGCCCCACCCAUUACCAAAGCAAUGGAGAUAGUGUUUUUGACAGUUACAGUACUUUCACGACCUGUACAACGGCACCCACAACAAUAGCCAUGACACAUGACAAUAUCAAAACUGGCAGUGCCACCAAGACCAACCUGAGGCAAUCCCUGAAGGUAGAGGAUGCUCUGACUAUAGGGAAUGAUGGAAAUAGUGACUCGGCCAUUGUGGCUGAUCUGCAUGUGACCCCAAAAAUAGACAGGAAAGACCAGAAAGUGAACAGCCUGCAAGAAAAUGCCAUAAUGGAGAUUAGUCUAUGA